GUAAAGUGAAAUAAAUAAUUUUUGAAUUAUUAAAACAACAUAAGAUGUCCAAAACAAUUCUAGUGACGGGAGGGGCCGGGUAUGUGGGCUCACACUGUGUACUUGAGUUUCUGCAACACAACUAUAAUGUCAUAGUUGUCGACAAUUUGGUAAAUGCAGUCAAAUUGGAAAACCAAGAAAUGCCAGAAAGUCUUAUACGAGUUGAACGACUGGCCAACAAAAAGUUAGAAAAGUAUUUGACAGGAGAUCUUAAAGAUCAACAAUUUAUAGAUGAAAUAUUUGCUAACAAUCACAUCGAUAUUGUCGUACAUUUUGCUGCACUUAAGUCGGUCGGCGAAUCGGUGGCCAAACCACUUGAAUAUUAUGAAAAUAAUGUUUCGGGAACUAUUAACUUAUUGAAGUCUAUGCGUAAGUCUAAAGUAACAAAACUUAUUUUUUCGUCGUCCGCUACGGUUUAUGGAGAUCCUGAAGUACUACCACUGGUCGAAACAUUACCAACGGGUCAAACCUGUACCAACCCUUACGGCAGAUCUAAGCAUAUGGUUGAAGUAGUUUUAAAAGACUUAUGUAAAUCAUCACCCGAAUGGUCGGUCAUGUCUUUGCGAUACUUCAAUCCAGUGGGCGCUCAUUCAUCGGGAGAUAUCGGCGAAGAUCCUCAGGAGAUACCAAACAAUUUAAUGCCAUUUGUCACACAAGUUGCAGUUGGUAUGCGACCCGAACUAAAGAUUUUUGGCGGCGACUACAACACUCCCGAUGGGACUGGAGUUAGAGAUUAUAUUCAUAUCGAGGACUUAUCUAACGGACACCUAAAAGCAUUGGAACAAAUAACUACUGAAUUGUGGAAAGACUUUCAUCCAAUCAAUUUGGGAACCGGUAGAGGAUAUUCAGUACUUGAAGUGAUCUCAACAUUUGAAUCGGCAAACGGGGUGAAAAUCCCGUACAAAAUAGUAGACCGAAGACCUGGUGAUGUCACUGAACUCUAUGCCGACGCCAAACUGGCCAAUGAAAAGCUCGGGUGGACUGCGACCAGAGAUAUGUAUGACAUGUGUGCUUCUGCCUGGAAAUGGCAGUCAAAAAAUCCUAAAGGAUAUAAACGGGACUAA